AUGAAGCAAUUCACAUUUCUUGAUAAAGCACAGGAGACUGCUAGGAAUGAAUUAUGUAUUUUUGAUGGUUACUUUUUGUGGUGGGAGAGAAAAUUUUGGAUUCCAUUGAAGUCUCUCUCUGUUGCUGUAAGAAAAAAAAUGGCGACAGAUCCGAAAGUUCACGCAUUUGAGGAUGUUGCGAAGCACAACAAAACCAAAGAUUGCUGGCUAAUCAUUAGUGGGAAGGUAUAUGAUGUGACCCCAUUCAUGGAUGAUCAUCCUGGAGGUGAUGAAGUUUUGCUCUCGGCAACUGGAAAAGAUGCAACCAAUGACUUUGAGGAUGUCGGCCACAGUGAUUCUGCUAGAGAGAUGAUGGACAAAUAUUACAUUGGGGAGAUAGACAUGUCAACAGUUCCCCUGAAAUGCACUUACGUUCCACCACAACAAGCCCAAUAUAAUCCAGACAAGACUCCUGAGUUUGUGAUCAAGAUUUUGCAGUUUCUUGUACCUCUCUUGAUCUUAGGGUUGGCCUUUGCUGUCCGACACUAUACAAAGGAGAAAUGA